CGGGGAGGAGGCUUGGCGGCCGGAGGGCGGAGGAGGCCGAGCCGUCCCAGCCCGAGCUUCAAAACAGUCGGCGCCUCACCCCGCGCACAGCCCGCCACUGCGUCCAGACGCCCGCGCCCGGUUUGGAUCUGUCUCUCCCAUCCUCUUUGGCUCCUCAUCCCUCUCUGGACUGUCCAGCUGCCCCGUCGGCCCUCACUGCCCUGUGAACAUGUUGGCCGUUCUUGCCUUCAUCAUUGUCUUCCACAUCGUCGCUCUGGUGCUGUUGUUCAUUUCAGCCAUCAACAAUGCCUGGUGGGUAGGAGAAGACUUCUCAGCGGACAUCUGGAGAGUGUGCACCAACAGCACAAACUGUACAGAGAUCAGUGACCUGAGCGACAGUGAGUAUACAGAUUACUCCAUCAUGCAGGCAGUGCAGGCCACCAUGAUCCUCUCCACCAUCCUCUGCUGCGUCUCCUUCCUCAUCUUUCUGCUCCAGCUCUUCCGCCUCAAGCAGGGAGAGAGGUUCAUCCUGACUGCCAUCAUUCAGCUCAUGUCAUGUCUGUGUGUCAUGAUCGGGGCUUCCAUUUAUACAGACCGGCGCCAAGACCUUCACCGACAGAACUACGAGGUCUAUUACCUGAUGCAGGAAGGCAGCUAUGGCUAUUCUUUCAUUCUAGCCUGGGUGUCCUUCUCCUUCACCUUCAUCAGCGGCCUCAUGUACAUGAUCCUGAGGAAGCGCAAAUAGGUUUCAGGAGCCCAGCCACUCUCCCCACAGUAUGGCAUACACGUUCAUGUAACCAUUUUGUAUAUAAUCAUUUUUUUGUGGUUUUUCUAGCAAACAUAUUGUUUCCUUUAAAAGCUUUUAUAAAAAAAGAAGAGAAGAGAGAGAGAAAGUUUCGGCAUUCUUGGGAUCAGAGACCAUACCACAAAGGCUGGCAUUCAGAAUGCAAGCCCACCGAAAGUCUCAGCAAGGCCCAGCAAGAUCCAGCAAUGUGGAAAUCCACAGGAUGCUUCUCACCCAUGGACCUGGGGUGGGGUGUGGACAAAGGCGGGAAAAGCCUGUCUUGGGGAGAGGCUUUCUGUAGAUUCCUGCCCUGCCCCCUCCCCUGCCUACUCCACUCUGACAACCACAGGUGGGAUGAUGAGGGGCCCCAGUGAAGGAUCUCUGUCCUCAGAUAUUAGUCCCUAGGUCGUGUAAGAAGAGGCCUGGUUUCUGUCUGUGUGGGAUCCAGAGUCCCAGUCCCCUUCAGUGAGUUAGGUCAUCGUACAAACUUCCUGACCAUCUCCUGUUGGCCUUAAGGACAGUGACCCUCAACCUACGUGUCGUGUUCAGGCGUUGAGUCUCCCUAGGUAAUUCCUCAGCACAUCUGUCCUAUGCGGGCUCUCAAGUCCACUUCGCAGACCCUCAGAAUCCCUCAUCAAAGGGGUGGGUCUGCAUGUCUGACUUCCGAUGAGCUCCCUGAAAUAUGCUUAGCUGCAGUAAAGCUGGGGUUCAGAGUCCUAGAACAGGGAGCAGACACUUGUGAGUGUUAGCAGUCAUCACACCGAGAUGGCCCCACCGCCAGCCACAUCUUGGCCUCCGCCAGCUCCUGCUGCUUCUCCCAUAGCUGCUUUUAUCUGGACUCCCGUGCCCCACACCCAAGCCAUAGGCCUAUCCCUGGGAGGCGGCCUGGGCAGCCCCCUCCCUGCCCUGUCUUGGAAGGUCUCCCCUUUUCUUCCUGCCUUCUUUCUGAGGUGGGUGCUUCCAAUGGGGCUCUAUUUCUGGAGCCUCAGAAGAUCCAUCGUCCAUUGACUCAUCUACCCAUCAUUCAAUAUGGAUGGGUCUUGCCUCAUGUCAGGUGCAAGAGAUACCUUUCCAAACAAUUCCUUGUGAGACUCAGUCUAGUGAAGAACACACACCAGAAACCAGUUAGAAAAACUACCAACUGGGAUGGAGUAGCAGCAGCACUGCCACCAGAGGUUCAAACCCUCCCAGGGUGAGAGGAAGCCCACGUUCUGCAUGCCUGCCUUUAAGUGCCUUGGGGUGUCUGCACUGCUCCAAGCAGAGUAUCAUUCAGCUCCAACAGAUGCCAUUUGUUGGGUAGUGCCCUCUGGGUUUCUCUACACACAGUGUAGAGGAUUCUACACUUCCCAGUGAGACAGCAGGAAAGGAUUCCCAGAGCCUUGGCUCUCAAGAUGGGUAUCGAAGGAGAAUCCAGCCGCACUCCAGUCAGUCCUGAAGAUGUCCUGGUAAAUGUGGCCAUGGGAAGGUUGUCAGUAGCACCGGAGGAGUGAUGUGCCAUACCAAAGAUUCAAGAUGGCGACCUUCUCCCUUGGUAUCCUUUUCCAUUUUUGAGCAUCAAGUUGGAGAGGUGACUCUGGGACAGGGCGUGUCAGUCUGUGUUGCUUAAACACGUUUGCAUGUAUGCUUCUGUAAGGGGUCAUUUACCACUAGCUCAGGCCCAGCGAAGCGGGGAAGGGAGGUAUUGGGUCUGAGUGGCUUUAGGGCCACCACAGACACCUCCUCAGUACAAGACCAGCUUCCCUCCCUCCACAUCUCCUGUCCUCCUUUCCUUCCUUCCCUUGGAGAGACUGCCAAGGUGGCCUGGGGCAGAGAUGGCAAAUGACCACCUCUUGCCUUGAUGGAGAACUCCCCUCGGCUCACUGUUGGCUAGAUUGUAGAGUUGGCUCAAUGUCUUGUGAGGCUCACAGAGGGAGGCCUGUCUAAAGUGUCCUCUGCACCUUCCCCUUGGCGACUUUUCUGUCAUAACAUUCUGCUAGUUAUGAUGGAAACCAACAGACCGAACCACAGGCAUGAAAGCAGGGCCCAAGCCAGCAUGAGCUCCCACCCCAGAAAACCCAGGGCUGUAGAAGUGAACCAUCUGAUGGGGUGGGAAUGGUCCCCUGAGUUGUUUGGCUGCCAACAUUCAGUGCCCACAUUCACCUGUGACAUGAGAGGUGCCUCUCUCUUGCUCUGGGCCCUGCAUUGGGGAUGCUAGAAAGAGAUGAGGAUGUGAGGGAAAACAGAUCCACCUUUCUCUUAUGUAGGAUCAGCUCUCUAUUGGUGCUUAUCACUAGUUACCAAAGAACAAUGACAAAGCCAGCUGGGAUAUCCAAGAAGCAUGUAUUCGGACCAAACCCGUCACUGUGUUUAAAGGAACUUUAGUUUGCGCAUCUUACAACAUUUUUAUAAAGUACUGUAAUUCAUGGGGUGGGGCAUGUGACAGAGACAGACUAACCCAUGUUUGGCGUUUGCAUUAAAAUUAUUUUGGGUCUCUGUUUAAAGAAUUCA